AUGUGGAUUCGGUCAUCUACCGUAUUCUGGGCGAGAGGUGACAUGGAUUCGUGGCGGGGAACACAUGGAUUCUUGGCUUGUCACGCCUGCGUGGCAGAAUGGCGAUCGACCAAUCGCGGCGCUAGGUUACUGCUUGGUUUUCGAGAAAGCCAAGCAGUAACCAAAAAGCCCAAAAAAUCUUGGGCUCAUGCGUUUUUCUUCCAUUCCUUGCAAGCACCCUUUGCUCUGUUCGGUGUCUCGUACGUAUCGAUUAGCGCCAUGCUGUCCUGGCCACUCCCCACCGACUUUCUUUCGAACGCUCGCAUUUUCAGUUCAUCUCUCUCGGUAAAGAAGGUUGAAAUGAGGAUCGUUUUCUUGUUGACGACGUUGUUUCUGGCCGUUUCCGCUGAUGGAGAUGUGUUGGCAUACACGGACAGCAACUUUGAUGAACUUAUCAAGUCGCAUGAAGUGUCAUUAGUGAAGUUCUACGCUCCUUGGUAAGU